CCUUAAGCCUCGUAGUACUCGGUUGCUCGCAGCUCGUGUCAGGUUGGUUUGUUACGUUAACGCGCAGACUGAAAUAAAGUGCUCGCUACUAUCGAUUUUGUACAGAAAAUUUUGAAAUUCACACUGCAAACGUAAAGAAAGCCAAAAAAAGGCAUUGCAUAUGCAAAAUUACAAGCAAAAUAUAAGAAAAAGUGAGAAAAAAUCUUUAUUGAAAGUAUUUAAAAGUUGAAAUAAUCAAAAUAAACGCAGUGACUGUGUGUGAUUAGAAAAAAAUAUGUAUUCCGAAUAACUGUUAUACCAACAGCUGAAAAUUUUUCACCCAUCUAUACUGUGUAUGUUGGCCUUUGCUGGCUGGCUGACUGGCUGACUGUGUGAUUUUCCAUAGCUGCGUUUAACUUUACGUGUGUGCGUGUGCUAGUGCGUGCCUUGGCCAUGCCCUGCACACCAAAUAAUUGCUUCGCCCCUCCCGCAACACCUCAAUGUGCGCCUUUGGCUAUUUACUGCUAUUCUCGCUAUUUCUAACAUCAAUUCUGGUCUUUCUAAUAUUGACUGCGACGGCGACCAAGGAAUCGCUUUUGGAAAUUUUACAUUUUAAUAAUGAGCAACAACAACAAGCAUAGCAAGACCAAAAACCAAAUGCUAAAUAUAUAAUGACAAAUAUAUAGAACGCCCAAAAGUGACCUGCGCAAAAUUGUUUCUAUUCAGUUUUUACGUAUAAUACUUGUUGUCUUCAGUUUGGCAAUUGUUCAGUGUUUACUGUUAGCUCGUGAAACGCACGACUGCUUACAGCAACUGUUUAAACUACUACGAACAUAAACGAAAAUUUCGAACAAAAAAUAUUUAAAUUGAAAGAAAUUAUUUUCAUCAAAAUAAAAUUCAUUUUUAAAAUAAAAGUGCUGAAAAAUAUGAAAAUUGCAACAACUACAAGCUGGGAUUAAAUUUGCAUGCUGUUUGGUAGCAGCACAACGGAGAGGAAUAAAAAGUUUUAAAGCUUCUAGUGCGUUAUUAAGGCCUUUGGGCCUCUCUCACCGCCAAAAUGUCGUCCGUUAAGGUGGCGGUUCGAGUGCGACCCUUCAAUUCGCGUGAAAUCGGUCGAGAAUCAAAAUGUAUAAUUCAAAUGAGCGGUGCAACCACCGCUAUCACAAAUCCCAAAGUACCAAUAAACAGCAGCGAAGCCAUCAAAAGCUUCAAUUUCGAUUAUUCCUAUUGGUCACACGAUCCACGGGAUCCCGAAUUCUCCACCCAAGAGAUGGUCUACAAGGACAUCGGCGAGGAGAUGCUGCAGCACUCCUUCGACGGCUAUAAUGUAUGCAUAUUCGCCUACGGUCAAACCGGUGCCGGCAAAUCAUACACAAUGAUGGGCAAGCAGGAGGAGCAUCAAGAGGGCAUUAUACCGAUGAUUUGUAAGGAUCUCUUCAAUCGUAUACAUGACACGGAAACAAACGAACUCAAGUAUUCGGUUGAGGUUUCAUAUAUGGAAAUCUAUUGCGAACGUGUACGCGAUUUAUUAAAUCCGAAGAACAAAGGCAACUUGCGUGUACGUGAGCAUCCAUUGCUCGGUCCAUACGUGGAGGAUUUAUCCAAGUUGGCCGUCACCGACUAUCAGGACAUACACGAUCUCAUCGAUGAGGGCAACAAAGCGCGCACCGUGGCCGCUACCAACAUGAAUGAGACCAGCUCGCGCUCACAUGCUGUUUUCACCAUAUUCUUUACCCAACGUCGUCACGACAAUAUGACCGAUCUGACCACCGAGAAGGUUUCGAAAAUUAGCUUGGUCGAUUUGGCUGGUUCCGAACGCGCGGACUCGACUGGCGCCAAAGGCACACGUCUAAAGGAGGGCGCCAACAUCAAUAAAUCUUUGACAACACUCGGAAAAGUUAUCUCGGCCUUGGCCGAAAUUGCUUCUAAAAACAAGAAAUCAAAGAAAGCCGAUUUCAUACCUUACCGCGACUCCGUUUUGACCUGGCUGUUGCGCGAAAACUUGGGUGGCAACUCUAAGACCGCCAUGAUUGCCGCAAUCUCACCAGCUGACAUCAACUACGAUGAAACCUUGAGCACAUUGCGCUAUGCCGAUCGCGCCAAACAGAUCGUUUGCAAGGCCAUCGUCAACGAGGACGCCAAUGCCAAGCUUAUACGGGAGCUCAAGGAAGAGAUACAGAAGCUGCGCGAUCUCUUGAAAGCCGAGGGCAUUGAAGUGCAAGAAGGGCCCGAUGGUAAAGUGGUUUGUGAGAAGCGCGAUCCGAAUAAAGAUGAAAUGACCAAAUCUGGCAGCGGACCAAUAAAGUCGCCAACAAAGACACGCAAUCGCAACGGUUCGACUACCGAAAUGGCAGUGGAUCAGCUGCAGGCCAGCGAGAAAUUGAUUGCAGAACUCAACGAGACUUGGGAGGAGAAAUUAAAACGCACCGAAGAGAUACGCUUGCAACGCGAAGCGGUCUUCGCUGAAAUGGGUGUAGCCGUCAAGGAGGAUGGUGAUACCGUUGGUGUAUUCUCACCAAAGAAAACACCACAUUUGGUCAAUCUAAAUGAAGACCCGAACUUAUCGGAAUGUCUGCUCUACUAUAUUAAAGACGGCAUUACGCGUUUGGGCACACACGAGGCCAAUGUGCCGCAAGAUAUACAAUUGUCCGGUUCGCAUAUAUUGAAAGAGCAUUGCACUUUUGAAAAUCGUAGCAGCACCGUUACGCUCAUACCGCACAAAGAUGCUUUGGUCUAUUUGAAUGGACGCAAAUUAGUCGAACCAGAGGUGUUGAAGACCGGCUCGCGUGUUAUACUCGGUAAAAAUCAUGUAUUUCGCUUCACCAAUCCCGAGCAGGCGCGUGAGUUGCGCGAUAAGAUCACUGAGAAUGCAGAGAACGAGAAUGAGACGGAGAAGUGCGACACACAGCAGGUGGACUGGAAUUUCGCACAAUGUGAAUUGUUGGAGAAACAGGGCAUAGAUUUGAAGGCCGAAAUGCAGAAGCGUUUGGAUAAUUUGGAGGAGCAGUAUAAGCGCGAGAAGAUGCAGGCCGAUCAGCAGUUCGAGGAGCAGCGUAAGAAUUAUGAAGCACGCAUUGAUGCGCUGCAAAAGCAAGUCGAGGAACAAUCGAUGACCAUGUCGAUGUACAGCAGCUACUCACCCGAAGAUUUCCAUCAGGAGGAAGAUUUAUACACCAAUCCACUGUAUGAAUCCUGCUGGUCCGCACGCGAAGCCGGCUUGGCUGCUUGGGCAUUCCGCAAAUGGCGUUACCACCAAUUCACCUCACUGCGUGACGAUCUCUGGGGCAAUGCCAUAUUCUUGAAAGAGGCAAAUGCUAUCUCCGUAGAGUUGAAAAAGAAGGUGCAAUUCCAAUUCACGCUGCUCACCGACACGCUCUACUCACCACUACCACCUGAGCUGGCCUCAGCCGCUACGCCAUUGCAAAGCGAGGACGAAUUUGGCGCACCACCAGUUUCGAAAACCAUUGUGGCUGUAGAGGUGACCGACACCAAGAAUGGCGCCACACACUACUGGUCCUUGGAGAAAUUGCGCUAUCGCUUGGAGCUAAUGCGCCAAAUCUACAAUGUGGAGAGUCCACCAUCGUCUAUGCUUUACGACACAACCUCGCUGUGCGGUGAUAGCGCUGUGCUUACGGCUGAGGCUCUGCAUUACGAUGGCAUAAUACCGUAUACCGCAACUACAGUUACUACGUAUAACGGCGCAUACCCGCCACCAAAUAAUUCCGACAAUAUUCACACAUACCCACAGUCCCAAUUACAAAUACAAAAUCACGUUAACACUACAUCAUCGUCGUCGUCGUCGUCGUCGCUGUUGGCGCCUUUAAGCGAUAGCCUCUCGUCAGCGAUGCGCACGAGUCCGAAGAAAGUCGGUGCUGGCAGUUCACCGUCUCGUCUUUCAUUGGCUAACUUAAUGCCAUCUAGACAACGCUUGGAGUUAAUGCGCGAAAUGUAUCACAACGAGGCUGAGCUCAGCCCUACUUCACCCGAUUACAAUGUGGAGAGUCUAACAGGCGGUGAUCCGUUCUAUGACCGCUUUCCUUGGUUCCGUAUGGUCGGACGCUCGUUCAUCUACUUGAGUAAUCUGCUAUAUCCGGUGCCAUUGGUUCAUAAGGUGGCUAUUGUUAAUGAACGUGGCGAUGUGCGUGGCUACUUGCGCGUUGCAGUGCAACCAGUUUUGGAUGAGGAGUCCAUUGACUUCAACAAUGGCGUUAAGCAGUCGGCGCGCUUAGUUUUCAACGAAGAUGAUGCCAAGCCGAAGUAUCGCGCUCUGAACGAGAAGGAUGAUGUGCAGCGUUAUAUCGAUAACGGUGGCUUGGACAGCAAGCUUGAAGGUAGUUGUCUUCACUACAUAACUAAAUCGAUUUGGUGUUUGACUUUGCUAAAUGCAAAUUUAAUAGAACUUGAGGAUGCUGAUUCCGGACGUGGCAUUGAUUCAAACUCAGCUUCUGAGUGCCAGGAAGCCAAUGAAGAGCCUGGCGAGCAUUUGCAGGUCGGCAAAGAAUUCACAUUCCGCGUAACCGUACUACAAGCUACAGGCAUUGGCGCUGAAUAUGCUGAUAUUUUCUGUCAGUUCAACUUCUUGCAUCGUCAUGAGGAGGCUUUCUCCACCGAACCGGUCAAGAAUUCUGCAUCGGGCGCACCACUCGGCUUCUACCAUGUGCAAAAUAUAACUGUACCAGUUACCAAAUCGUUCAUUGAGUAUUUGAAGACACAACCCAUCAUGUUUAAGAUCUUUGGACAUUACCAAACCCAUCCUUUACAUAAGGAUGCCAAGCAAGAGUUUGUCUCGCGACCACCACCACGUCGCAUGCUUCCACCAAGCAUUCCCAUUAGCCAACCGGUGCGUAGUCCCAAAUUUGGGCCACUACCAUGCCCAUCGACGUCAACAGUUUUGGCCAAGCAUGACGUCUUGGUUUGGUUUGAAAUUUGCGAAUUGGCUCCGAAUGGCGAAUAUGUGCCAUCGGUGGUUGAGCAUAGCGACGAUCUUCCAUGCCGUGGUCUAUUCCUACUCCAUCAGGGCAUACAACGUCGCAUACGUAUCACUAUCGUGCAUGAACCGACAGCCGAAGUGAAAUGGCGCGAUAUACGUGAGCUAGUCGUUGGACGUAUACGCAACACGCCCGAAUCUUCGGACGACUUGGAUGAGGACUCGUGUGUUUUGUCAUUGGGCUUGUUCCCCGGUGAAACUUUGGACGUACCCGGCGAUGACCGUUCAUUCUAUCGUUUCGAAGCUGCUUGGGAUUCGAGCUUACACAAUUCCACUCUGCUGAAUCGCGUUACACAGGCUGGCGAGACAAUUUACAUUACUUUGAGCGCUUAUUUGGAGCUCGAGAACUGUGCCCGCCCUGCUAUAAUUACCAAAGACCUCAGCAUGGUCAUUUACGGACGCGAUGCACGCACCGGUCCACGUUCGUUGAAACAUCUAUUCUCCGGACAGUAUCGCAAUCCAGAAGCAAAUCGUUUGUCUGGCGUGUAUGAGUUGUCAUUGCGUAGAGCCUCUGAAGCAGGUAGUCCAGGUGUGCAACGACGUCAGCGACGCGUCUUAGACACCAGUUCGACUUAUGUGCGCGGCGAAGAGAAUCUCUCUGGCUGGCGGCCACGCGGCGAUUCGCUCAUUUUCGAUCAUCAAUGGGAAUUGGAAAAAUUGACGCGUCUCGAGGAGGUGGGUCGCGUACGCCAUUUGCUGUUGUUGCGUGAACGCCUUGGCAUGGAUACAAAUCCAAAUCCCACAACCAAAACAGAGAAGGACGUCUGUAAUUUGGCAGCGCGUGCCGCCACCUCACCGGUACAUAUGGUCAUACCGCCAUCACCACAGACACCCGUCAAGGAUCCACAACAGAUUGUGCCCGAACGGGAGUACAAUCAGAGAGAGCAGGAGUUGAUGUUGAAGUGCUUGAAGCUGGUGCAGGGCACCUACAACAAAGCAACAGAUCCCACAGCAGAGCCAGCCACACAGUCGGAUGUGUCGCCGAGUGAUGAGGGCUGCGCCGACAUGACCGUUAGCUGCAUCUCCAGCAACUCUAUCGAAACAACACCAAAAAUUAGACGAAGGUUAUGUUCGCCCGAUCGCGCUGAUGCGCCCAACGGUUGGGAAGCGCCAGCACCCGCUACGCAACCGGCAUUACCGCUACGCUUGUACGUACCCGAGUUGGAGGAGAUUAGGGUGAGCGCUGUGGUGGCGCGCAAGGGUGUGCUGAAUGUAUUGGAGCAUGGCGGCUCGGGCUGGAAGAAGCGCUGGGUGAUUGUGCGACGCCCUUAUGUUUUCAUCUACAAGUCCGAGAAGGAUCCAGUGGAACGUGCAGUAUUGAACUUGGCGACCGCACAGGUUGAGUGCAGUGAGGAUCAGGCUGCGAUGGUUAAGAUACCCAACACAUUUAGUGUGGUCACUAAACAUCGUGGUUAUCUGCUGCAAACGUUGGGCGAUAAGGAGGUACACGAUUGGCUAUACGCCAUAAAUCCGCUACUGGCUGGACAGAUAAAGUCAAGACUGGCACGUCGCACACUGGAGUCGGCAUCGCAAACCGCAUCACAAAUUCAAGCCACAACGGCGUCAAAUGCACAGACAAACAACAAAUGAGAUACAAUUACGAUGGAAUCCGUAUUAGUGUUUUAAGGGCAGCGUGUUUCUGAACAGUAUAUGCAAAAACAAAAACAAAAACAAUAUGAGAUUACAACAACAAAGGAAUAAUUAUGUAUUAUUUAGCUAUAAAUAUUAAGAGAUACAUAUAUAUAUACACAUACACACACAUACAUGCAUAUAAAGCGUUAUAUGCAUGCAUAUGUACACAUAUACACACAUACAUACAUGCAUAUAUGACAGGUUCAUAUACAUAUUGUACAAUAUGCUGGCGAGGUGAAAAUGAAACUAAUGAUUACAGGAAAGUUAGCUAAAAGUAAAAUAGUGAAAAGGAAAUUAGGACGUUAUGAGACACACACACACUGAGCGCAAGCACACACACACACAUGCGACACAUUACAUGCAAAAUUAGUAAACCAUGUAAGUGCGUAAGGGAGCGUAGCAAAGCGCUGAGAAUUUAUGCAAAAUAUUGACAGAAACAUUUGGUCCGAACCGCAGAGGAUUCCGUCGAGCGAAAGUCGUGCAGCAGUCGUUUUUGAAUUUCUCGUCUAUUUUUUAAACGAACAGUGGUAUUAAAGUGGUAAAAAAGUGGCAAAAGUUUGUUUGCAUUCUAGUAGCGUGCGGUUUAGUUAUUGUAUUUGUUGUAUUUGUAAAAUUCGGUAUUUUUUUGUAGUGAAUUUUCGCAUUUUCUCAAAACAUAAAAAUGCAUAAAAAAUAUUUAUUGUGUUAAAAGAAAACAUAUUAAAGAAAAUAUUUACUCAUCCACUCUAAUUGUGUGCAAAGAAACCAAAAAACAAAAAAGAAACAAAAACAAAAAAUUUAGUGUAAGAAAACGCAAAUAUUGCACAGUAAAAAGAAAAAACUUAAAUACGCUUCACUGUUAUCAGAAAAAAAUGUAUCAAAAAUUAUAUAUAAAAAACACUAAGCAACAUGAACAAAUUUAAAUUUAUUAAUAACUGUUAAUUAUUUAUUUGUAUAUUUAAUUUAUUUUAGUUGUAGGCAAGCAUAAGUGUAAAUUUAGACAUUUUUUCACUUUAAUUAUAUUUAUUUAAUUUUUUGUUUUUGCAAAAAUAUGCAAAUAGUUUACUGUAAAUAGUUUAAUUUUUGCAAAACAGCAAAGUAAUGCAAAAAAAAACAAACAACAACAAAAAUUAGCAUUUUAUAAUGCGUGUAUACUAAAUAUAUGUUUAAAAGUUUUAGCGUUUAUGCAUUAAAAAUUAGUUAUUGUGCGUGUAGCAAUUUAUUUUCGCCCACAAAAUACAGCUUUCUAUGUGUAAAUGUAGUUUUUAAUGGAAAAUAAAGUAUUGUAAAGGGCAAAAGAAAGAAAAUAAAGACAACAGUAAUAUUUAUAAUGCAUAUGUAUGUGCGCAGUAGUUGAAAUGACGCUAGUUUAAUUGGCAAAGCAAGACUUUGAAGAGAGGAGGUAUAGGGUGUAGGCACACACACAUACAUACACAGUUGUAUGAGAUAGGCAAUUUUUUUAUUUUAUUUAA